GUGAGAGGCUCUCUCAACUUUCCGGUCAUCUCAGAUGCUCUCUUCUUCUUCUCGUUUUCUCUUCCGUAGAAAUCUCACCGUCGCCGCUUCUCUUCUUUUGCCCAAGAAUAUUCCUUCCAAGAAUACCCUUUUGCGUCCUUCGUGUAUUCCCUCGAUCAAGGCAGUCUCUUCCGCCCCAGUUUCGUCUUUUCGAUCCCAUCGCACAAUGGCCAGCCAAUCCGACAAGAAAACCGUCCACGACUUCACUGUCAAGGAUGCCAGGGGCAACGAUGUUGAUCUCAGCACCUACAAAGGAAAGGUCCUUCUCAUUGUCAAUGUUGCAUCACAAUGUGGCUUGACCAAUUCUAACUACACAGAGCUGGCUCAGUUGUAUGAGAAAUACAAAACUCAAGGUUUGGAGAUUUUGGCAUUCCCGUGCAAUCAGUUUGGAGCUCAGGAGCCGGGGUCUAAUGACGAGAUUGUAGAGUUUGCGUGCACUCGCUUUAAGGCCGAGUAUCCCAUCUUUGACAAGGUGGAUGUGAAUGGUGACAAAGCCACUCCAUUAUACAAGUUCUUGAAAUCGAGCAAAGGCGCACUCUUUGGUGACAGCAUCAAGUGGAACUUCUCCAAAUUCCUGGUUGAUAAGGAUGGGAAUGUUGUCGACCGUUAUGCCCCAACAACUUCUCCUCUUAGCAUUGAGAAGGAUGUGAAAAAACUGUUGGGGGUUGCUUGAAUUAUCUCCUUAUGAAUAAAUGAGAGUUUACUAGGAAUAAAGAACUGUAAUGAGAAUAAAUAUCUAUAUUGUUGGACAAGUUCUUGUAAAUUUAUGGUCUUAUGAAGUAAUUCGUAUGCAGUUUGAUUAGUUCAUUACAA